AUUUAGAAAUUGGCCCCUGGUUACGGGAGUUCAGAGCGAAGAAUGCUGUGGAUUUCUCGCAGUUAACAUUUGACCCAGGACAGAAAGAACUUGUUGUAGGAGCAAGAAACCACCUCUUCAGGUUACAGCUUGAGGAUUUGUCUCUGAUCCAGGCUGUGGAGUGGGAGUGUGAUGAAGCCACCAAGAAGGCCUGUUACAGUAAGGGCAAGUCCGAGGAGGAGUGUCAGAACUACAUCCGGGUGCUUUUAGUGGGUGGCGACCGGUUAUUUACCUGUGGGACCAAUGCUUUCACGCCUGUCUGCACCAAUCGCACGUUGAAUAACCUGACCGAGAUCCAUGAUCAGAUCAGUGGCAUGGCCCGCUGCCCCUACAGUCCCCAGCACAAUUCCACGGCUCUCCUCACAGCCGGUGGGGAGUUGUACGCUGCUACGGCCAUGGAUUUUCCCGGACGGGAUCCUGCCAUUUACCGGAGUCUGGGCAUCUUGCCUCCUCUCCGCACAGCGCAGUACAACUCCAAAUGGCUCAACGAACCAAACUUCGUGUCCUCUUAUGACAUCGGAAAUUUCACCUACUUCUUUUUUCGAGAAAAUGCCGUGGAGCACGACUGUGGGAAAACCGUGUUCUCCAGAGCUGCCCGGGUCUGUAAGAACGACAUUGGGGGGCGGUUUCUGCUGGAGGACACCUGGACCACGUUCAUGAAGGCUCGUCUGAACUGCUCCCGGCCCGGGGAGGUCCCCUUUUACUACAAUGAACUGCAGAGCACGUUCUUCCUGCCUGAGCUGGAUUUGAUCUAUGGCAUCUUUACCACCAAUGUGAACAGCAUCGCUGCCUCGGCCGUGUGCGUCUUCAACCUGAGCGCCAUCUCCCAGGCCUUCAACGGGCCCUUCAAGUACCAGGAGAACUCACGCUCCGCCUGGCUGCCGUAUCCCAACCCCAACCCCAACUUCCAGUGUGGCACGGUGGACCAGGGCCUGUACAUGAACCUGACGGAGAGGAACCUGCAGGAUGCUCAGAGGUUCAUUCUGAUGCAUGAGGUGGUGCAGCCCCUGACCUCGGUGCCCGCCUUCAUGGAGGACAACAGCCGCUUCUCCCACGUGGCCGUGGACGUGGUGCAGGGCAGGGACACGCUGGUCCACAUCAUCUACCUGGCUACAGAUUACGGCACCAUUAAAAAAGUGCGGGCGCCCGUGGCUCUGGCUGCCGGCAGCUGUUUGCUGGAAGAGAUCGAGCUCUUCCCCGAACGGCGGGGGGAGCCCAUCAGGAGCCUGCAGAUUCUCCACAGCCAGAGUGUCCUGUUUGUGGGCCUGCAGGAGCACGUGGCCAAGGUCCCACUGAAGAGAUGCCCGUUCUACCGCACACGCAGUUCCUGCAUUGGGGCCCAGGACCCUUACUGUGGCUGGGACAUGGUGAUGAAGAAAUGCACGAGCCUGGAGGAGAGCCUGAGCAUGACGCAGUGGGAGCAGAGCACCUCUACCUGUCCAACGAGGAAUCUCACUGUGGACGGGCACUUCGGCGCAUGGUCUCCGUGGACACCCUGCACGCACACGGACGGCAGCGCCGUGGGCUCCUGCCUGUGUCGCACCCGCUCUUGCGACAGCCCGGCCCCGCAGUGUGGCGGCUGGCAGUGCGAGGGCCCCCGCGUGGAGAUCGCCAACUGUUCCAGGAACGGAGGCUGGACCCCCUGGACCUCAUGGUCUCCCUGCAGCACCACCUGUGGGAUCGGCUUCCAGGUGCGCCAGCGGUCCUGCAGCAACCCCACUCCCCGGCACGGGGGCCGGGUGUGCGUGGGACAGAACCGCGAGGAAAGAUACUGCAACGAGCAUUUGCUGUGUCCCCCGCACAUGUUCUGGACAGGCUGGGGUCCUUGGGAACGGUGCACGGCCCAGUGUGGGGGUGGUAUUCAAGCUCGCCGCAGGACCUGCGAGAAUGGACCUGACUGCGUGGGCUGUAAUGUGGAGUACCAGCCUUGCAACACCAACCCGUGCCCCGAGCUGAAGAAGACCACGCCCUGGACGCCCUGGACGCCCGUCAACAUCUCAGACAACGGGGGCCACUAUGAGCAGCGCUUCCGCUACACUUGCAAAGCCCGCCUGCCUGGUCCAAAUCUGCUCGAAGUGGGAAGGCAGAGAAUCGAGAUGCGGUACUGCUCCGGUGACGGAACCAGCGGCUGCUCCACAGAUGGACUUUCUGGUGAUUUCCUGCGCGCUGGGAGGUACUCUGCCCACACCGUCAACGGGGCGUGGUCAGCCUGGACGUCAUGGUCACAGUGCAGCCGCGACUGUAACAGGGGCAUUCGGCACCGGAAGCGUGUUUGCAACAACCCCGAGCCCAAGUAUGGGGGCAUGCCGUGCCUGGGCCCAUCCCUGGAAUACCAGGAGUGCAACAUUUUGCCCUGCCCAGUGGAUGGCGUCUGGUCUUGCUGGUCUCCGUGGUCAAAAUGCUCGGCCACGUGUGGCGGUGGGCACUACAUGAGGACCCGCUCGUGCACAAACCCAGCCCCAGCCUACGGAGGAGACAUCUGCCUGGGGCUGCACACGGAGGAGGCGCUCUGCAACACGCAGCCCUGCCCGGAGAGCUGGUCUGAGUGGUCAGACUGGUCUGAGUGCGACAUGUCUGGAGUGCAGGUCCGUGCCCGCCAAUGCAUCCUUCUGUUCCCUGUGGGUAGCCAGUGUUCUGGAAACACCACCGAGAGCCGGCCGUGUGUUUUUGAUGCCAAUUUCAUCCCAGAAGUAUCUGUGGCGAGAUCCAGUAGUGUAGAAGAGAAACGGUGUGGGGAGUUCAAUGUGUUCCACAUGAUUGCCGUGGGGCUGAGCAGCUCCAUCCUGGGCUGCCUCCUUACUCUGCUCGUCUACACCUACUGUCAGCGGUACCAGCAGCAAUCCCACGACGCCACCGUCAUCCACCCUGUUGCUCCCGCCCCGCUCAACACCAGCAUAACUAACCACAUCAACAAACUGGACAAGUAUGACUCGGUGGAAGCCAUCAAGGCAUUUAACAAAAACAACUUGAUCCUAGAGGAAAGAAACAAGUACUUCAACCCGCAUCUCACUGGGAAGACCUAUUCUAACGCCUACUUUACAGAUCUCAAUAAUUACGAUGAGUACUAAUAGCUGUUAUAUUUUUGGCUUCUUGUAAUCCCCCAGUUUCUCAAGGCCUGUCCUCCAUGACUGCCCAUGUUUCCAAGACUUCAGAGAUGAAGUUUGGAUACAUUUCAAGUGCAUUUCAAGCCACGAGUGUCCCAUUGCUGCCAAAAACAGACAUCCUUAAAAGCAACAAAAAUCUAAAUAUGAUGUCGUGAAAACCUGGUCUAAGUGCUUGAUCGUUGUUGAAUGAGCCAUGGCGUGAAGUUUUGUUUUGUUUUGUUUUUAUUGUGUUCAGUCCAUUUUUCUAACAAGUCCGUUGUUUUCGUGAGCUUUUUAAUAAAUGUACCACCCACAUAGGAAGGAGUCUUUAGAAAUAGGAAUGUCUUCCUGCUCUUGAGCAUAAAUCUUCAUGAUGUUUUAAUUCAAGAAAAUAGACACUUCCGUUGAGAGUCCCCCUCCCUCCACAAGGAGUGUUAGGUCCACAGUAUUUGAUAAAAUGAAGGAUAUGAAUGUGGCUGUAUCGUUACUCACCAUGGAUCUCCCAUCUUCCCAACCUGCAUAAUUCUGUGGAAUCCUUGGAAGCAACUUGUGUGUUUGGACUUCGGAUGGUUCUCACCUGGGCAAGGGCAGGGAUUCACCCUGGCUUGGGUCUGCAGAGGUGAUGGUAUGAGGUGUGACACACUCAUCCCUCUGUUGGUCUUGAUGCAGUUCUUGUGUUGUCCCUGGUGGAGUUGAGCUUAAAGACCAGAGGCUCAGACACGAUGAAGGGUCCAGCAUUCUGCGCAAUGCUGCAAGGCUAGCCGCCAUAUUCUCACUUCUGGAUUUCCUAGCAUUCCAGGGAGCUCCUUGUCACGUGGUUGGCCCGGAAGCCUACCUGUCCGGUCCAUAGUAACAUCCUGAAGAGCCAUCUGUAAAACCACCAUUUGGUGGUUCACCAUUUGGAUAUCCUCCUCAGCCUCUCUUAUCCCUGCAAGGAAAGAUCAUGAACAUUCAUAAUACCAAUGAGGGAAAGUAUUAAAAAUACUUUGAAAUAUAAUUGAAACCAACUUUUUUUUUCCCGUGUUAUAGGAAGGUUCGAAAGAACUGACAUUUAAGGAGAAGUAGCUUUUUAUUUUCUGUCUCCUGAUAGAACUAGUGUAUGGCAAUCAGCCCCUUCCCAGAGCAUUACUGACAUGUAGAACUGGUUUUCUGCAGCCCAUCGAUGUACAUAUUGAAGUGUGCCCCAAGUACCCAGCUGUCAUUUGCUGCCUCCGGGUCCGGUGAGGAGGUUCUGGUGCCUUGUGUUUCUAUCUAUCUCAGUGCUGCCCUCCCCUCCGCCCCCUCCCACCUCUCCCUGCACAGAGGCAACAGCAUUUCAAGAUGUACCUUGAGAAAGCAGGGAAGUGAGGUUGUCAAUGAUCCCUGUGGUUCUGAGCAUUGAUCACCGCUAAGCAUUUCAGAGUGCCGUCAUGUAUUCACAGAGGUCCCCGAAAGGAAAAAAGCGGGAGAAAUUACUCAUAAACAACUGAUAAAUAAUACAUGGCAGUUGGUUGAAUAAUUUUUGGAAGAAAGAACAAGAUUGAAACUGCUCAUCGGACACCCCUGACCGACAUGGACAGUAAGACACGUUCUUAUUGCACAGUGAACCUUCAGAUCGGUGAAUGUACGCAGCGCGGGCAGUGAGGAACACAGACUUAUUAGCAUACGUGUUUUUAUCCUAUCCAGUUGAAAGAAACAAUUUCAGAAAGUGUUGGGGGAAAUCCCACGUUUAGUCAAGAGUAUUGUUGUAUUGAAAAUAUUCUCACAUACCCAGAUUUUCAGAAGCUACUCUACUAAAAUUCCAAUUUAAAUGGCAGGGGGUCUCCGGGAGGUCAGAGAGGUCGCACCUGAAUGGUGUUCUGGGUCUUUCCAGGGGGGAGUCCAUGUUGCCUCUCCUGCGUGGCUUGCCCGCUGUGUGAGGCCGCUGUGCUUGGACACACAGAGCCGAAGUCCACACUGAGGAGGUGAAAUUCAGCCAGCUGGUUUCCUCAUUGUUCCUCAGCUGGAUUUGCACUGGAUGCUUUAACUUGUGUCUUCACUUUCCUUUAAGAAAAAUGUCCUCACUGUGAAGCACAAUGUAGUUGCUUUUGAAUCCCUUCCCCAGUGUUUUCUAAGCUUAAAAGGUCGUUUUAUCUCCCCUGGGAAAGAGAAUACUAAUAUUUGGAGAAAGCAUCCCUGGACCUGAUUAGAAAUGCUUUCUAAGUGCUGUCCAUGCUAGACUUCAGUCCAUCCCCUGCAGUGACUGGGGACAGCACCCACCCUCCCCUUGGAGUUUUCACGUUUGCUGAUGAUACGUCCUGGAACUUACCGCUGCUGAGAAAUGCUCUCAUCUUUGUUCUCUGAAACUCUACUUAAAGAAAAAUUACUCUGGCUUCUCUCUCUCUCUCUGUGUCUCUCUCACAUUCUCCUUAUUUCACAGAAUUUCAAUUCGUUAAGAAUAAUUUUAACUAUAAUCUAAGUAUUCUAAGCAGCUACGGAGUAACUUUUGCUUUUCCAUCCUUCUGCGGCUGUUGUUCGUAGGUGUGUGCCUCCCCUCCGUACCCCUGGUUGUUGCCUGAGCCCCAGGCGGCCUUUCACAAGGGUGCCUCCCACGUCCACCCGGACCUUCUCCCUAAAGCAGCUCUCCUGGAGGCUGCCACAUUUGCCUUCCCCGUGGGUCACAUUGUAAGUUUCUGGAUGACUUUUUCUUUCGGUCUUUAUCUUUUUUUUCUUUUCCUUCCUUCUGUUUUCCUCUCUCCCUCUCUCCUUCCUUCCUUCCUUCCUUCCUUCCUUCCUUCCUUCCUAGUACAAGCAGCGCAGAUCGGGACUAAUACUUUUAAGCCGCACUCCCUCUGAACCUAACAUCGAAUGACACUAAUCACAGUUAAAUCUCUAGGAUUAUUUCUGGAUAGGGUUGAAGUUUGCCUGUUUUCAUUAGGAAACUGGUUUUCGGCUCACAUUAGUCUUCGGAAGUGAUUCCCAGCGGCAGGGCUGCUCAGGGUCCUUUCUCCAGACCAAACGAGUGCCCAUCCAGAGCGUCCAGCCUACAGAGGCCCACAUCCUAUGGAAGGAGAACACUGCACGGCUUUCCCCAAGGAGCGCUGUGGACCAGCGGCUGGCAUGAGCCCAAGGGCUCGUCACCCCUGAGCGAUGGGACUGUGACUUGGGAGGACCUCUGCCCCACGGAAGCCCCACCACCACCAGACCCGUUGCUUCCCUGCAGGGUUGCCCAGUUCGCUGGAGGUCCAUGUCCCUGCUGCUUCAGGGAGGCCUCUGUGCCCCACUCCUGCAGGGAUGUUCAGCAAGCCCACUUGGGUGCAUUCUGAGGGCAAGUGGUGCUUCCUUGCGUGUGUAUGUGGGGCGGGUGGAGGUGCCACAGGGCCUGCAGAGGAGUGGACUGUGGGGGGACACGCAUCCCUGCCCCAGAGAAGCCCCUGUCCCUGGGAAGGGGCCGCCCUGUGCUCAGGGUGGACUGGGGUGUGGCCCCUGGACUCGUGGAAUGAUGCCAAAGAAAAGAGAAGCCAAGGUGGGAAAAGGUGAAAAUGGGGACCUGGUGGCUCCCGAGCUGAGUGUGAGGGCCGGUCCCAGGUGGGGAGCCACGAUGCACGCACAGCUCUUGGGGUCCGAUGCCGGGACUCUUCCAGGACCAACUGCCCAAAGGGCGGGAGUUUCAGCCGAGGGUGGCCUUAUUUACUUAUUUAUCUGCACAUGGGUGAGAGUCGUGGGACUGAAAGCCCAGGAGGGUGAGUGUUUCCACUGGAGGCUUUGGUAGAAUCCGUGGGUCAGACCACCUUUCAAGUUAUGGACAAAGUCUCAGCGGGGGAAUCCCGUGUCCCCAGGGCCACCUACAGGAUACAUGAGUGGUUAACGGAAGAUCGGAGGAGAUUUUAUGUUAAAUAUAUAUCAAGUCUGUACUCAGCUAAUCAUUUUGCAUAAACACUCCCUUAAUGCACACUGAAGGUGCAGUCUUGGUAGUGUCUGAAAUCACAAGUAUCCUGAUGCUUCUUUAUGAUAUUUACUUGUUUUUAGAAUAAAUCGUGGACAUGUCCCCGACACUGUCAAAACACCUUCAGCAGGAUCUUUUACACUCCAUUGGGGUUUUCUGGUGUGUGGCAUUUGGGGUCCACUCCAUUGAAGUCAGCAUUUCCAUCUCAAAAGCUUGGCUCUGGAGCACCAUCCAGGGGCAACAGGUACCAGUGGGGGGUAUAGUGAACUGCUUCUACGUCAAAGCAGCCAUUCUCCACAGAGCAGGACUGUCCCUAAGCCUCCAGCUCCAAUAAUCAGUGUUCCCGAAGGUGGGAAUUACAAUGAGAACCUUAAAUCAACUCAUACGCAAACUCUCUGCUCUUCUUUUUAAGAUGAGGCAAAAGUGGAGUUCUCGGAUUGCGUUGGCAUGCCCAGUACAUUCAUCCCUUCUCAUGUCUCCAUUACGUCAUGACCAUUCUUGUUACCUGGUGAGAAUAUGUGGACACAACAUUGCAGAUCUGAUUACCUAUGAUUAUCUAUUGUCAGAAAACAAAGCCAUGCUGAGCAGCACCUUGCUUCUCUGGGCAAUGGGCGUGAAAUGGGAGAACGUAAAGUAACUGUCACUUUGACCAGAGGAAUACACAAAAAGGAAUGCCAGUUAUUCAGAGAUCAAAGAUUUGGAGACCAGAAACCAUUAUGGAAUUUAUUUCUGCUUUUCUCCUCUAUUGAGAUCAUUAAUAAUAAUUGAUUGAAAGAUGCUUUGUAACUGUACACAUACUGACUCAAGGUAUUCCUAUUCUCUGUUUUGAUAAUCUGAUAAAAUACAGGGAAAUAAAUUGCUGGAAUCCUUGGUUUUCCCUUUGGAAACUGAAAAGUAAUGAACAAGAUGCAAUGUUGGAUUAUUGGCAGGGAUUUCUAUAAUGACUAUUCUGUCAUUUUUUUUUUUAUUAUCCUGUCUCCUUUUUUUAAUGGACUUAUAUUAAAGAUGUGUUAUACAUAUUUUGGGGAGCAGGUGGAUCAAGGUUUUUUCGUCUGUCACAUGUCGCAUUAUCAAAAAUUUGAUACAUGUUACAAAAGCAUCAGGAAUGGAGAUUGUUCUCUCUUGAAAACAUAGCUUACACGGCACAGGGACUUAGAACAUCGUCAAAACCAAAGUCAGAGCCUGACACCAGGUGUACGGUUCCUAACGUAAGCUGCCUCGUAGUAUUUGCAAAAGAUCGUAUUUGUUUUGCCAUCGAAAGCAAUCAAGCUUAUUACCCAUGACCAGAGUCAGAAUCCAUUUUUGUUCCAACAGGUUUUACUGUAUUUACAUGGUGGGGGUAACUAGCCAAGGAUAGUUUAAAACCAGAAAGGAACAAAGUAGAGAGAGAAAACCACUCUGUGGCACUUCUUAAACCAACAUUUUGGACCAGCAAUGCCAUCCACUCCAUCUCUUUAUAUUUAGGAAGAAAUCUGAGGCCAGUGGUUGGAACAUGAGUGACCCUAUUCUUUUUCAGCUUCGUGGCAACUUAAUGCCAAGUCGUCCAAAUGUUAGGGGAAUGGUAGUUCAAACUGGUUCAAAUGCUCGGUAAAUAUGAGCUGGGAGCAAAAUCUGGAUUCUGGAAAAUCCCAAACUGUCCUUCUAUCAUGUCACUGAGAAAAAAGCAUUGUUCUCCAUCCCCUGUAAGUGCAGAGAGUUUAAUUCCCUAUAAAAAGUUGCCAGUGCCUUGUUUGAGAUGGUGAUUUAUCAUCUCAUCUGGAUAUUAUUGGUUCCAUUUCAAAGCAGAGGACUGACUGGCUGCACUUUGAAGAAAAUCUUGUAUGUCUCUUUGAACUCAGGAAUAGAAAAUGACCCACGGAGCACAUCCUAGGUGUGAUGUCUGCCCCCAUUGGGUAGAGCACGUCGCACCAGAACAGGGGCAGAUGUGUGUUCCGAGUUCAGGUUAUUCUGGUCUCAGCCUUCCAGAAAGUGACAUCACUUUAAUUACACAUCUUCCACAAAACACAUUAGGGUUUGGUCUGUGGUAGGAAUGCUGAUGUGCUGCCUGUCGAAGUUAGAGUGUUUGUUACUGUCGCUCUUCAGGCAAGUCCACAGAUAGAGGAAAAUCAGGCUGGUGACAGCUGGUACAGAUACACUGAGUGGAAUGAGAACCACCUAGAACUUUGUGCGCUUUUUUGUUUUUUCAAGCCAACGUCAACACUGCUUACAAGUACACAAAGUUGUCAACCUUAAUUUGGAUUAAGAAAGUUAAUGGUGUUUUCUCUGCGAAAGGUGUUUUUUUUCUUAUACCGUGACUGUGGCCAACAUCGAACUUGAACUUCUGCCCUUUGAAAGAAAGCACGGUUUGAACCUUCAACCCCAGCUCCUCCAUUCACCACUGAAACUCUACGUCAUCUGCAAAGAAAAUGCACAAACUUGGUCCAGUGUAGGAUUCUUCAAAAGUGGGUGACAAAGCUUGUGUGUUAUGCCCCUUGACGUGACUUAAUGAAGAUGUUAUGCUAUUAAAUGCCUCGUUCUGUGUUAAUUUGCUGUUGCUGUUUUGUGAUGCAAAAUAAAUGUAUUCGGGAUUGUUUCAGUUUUUCACUGAACCUUCUCCAAAGCCAACUACAGCCCUUGGGAAACUUGCAGAAAGUUCUUGACCUUAAAAUUAAUUUUUAAAAGACAAUAAGUAUUAAUCAUAAUGGGGCUUUUUAGAUGAGGGAGCAUUUGCCUUUCCCUUCCUUUGAAUGAAGAACUGGAGUUUUGAUUGCCCUGUUGGAAUCCUCGUGAAUUGCCAGAACUUUCUUCACUGGGCCAUUGGGUGCACUUUUUUUCUGUCCUUACGUUCGGUUUUCAAGGUUUCAUUUGAACAAAAACCUUAUUAGAAAUGUGUAAUACAAAUUUCCAGUAGUCUUCACUUUCAUGUUUUCUGUUCAGCAGUUCAUUGGUCUUAAAUGCUCACUUGAGAGCUGUCCAGGUCUAUAUCCAAGAACGUUGUUUAAUGACACCUGACAGAUACAUUGCUUUCAAAAAUCAGUUUGAGGUACCAACUGUGGCAUCCCAGGCAGGGAGCUCAUGAGCUGGUAUGUUGAAUCCAUUAUGGAAAUUUUGAGAAGAGGCGGGUUGGGGGGGUUACCCGCCGAUCAGCAGAAACCAACUCACACCUGCUCCAGGUCCCAACUCUGAGGAAAGCAAACAUAUUUAUAAGAUAAAAUGAGCUGUUACUACAGAAGGGGAAAUGCCGUGCUCACUGCUCUUGGUGAAUUGCCAGUUUCUAUAAUCCAAACCAAUUCAUCUUUUUUAAACAGUAAAUUCACGAAGAAUGAUCUUGAGUGCCACCAAGAGUGCAAUCUUCCCUCCAUUGCAUCCCCUCCACACCAUCUCUAUCUGCCAACAUUUUCGGACAAAAGAAGAGAAUCCUGACUAUGUACAGUAUAAAUUGUAUUAUAUUUUUUGUACUUAUGUUUUAUGUAAAUAGUUUGUCUCAUUCAAUUGUAUGUGAGCAUUGAAAUAAAUCCUACCAUUUAGGAAACAA